AUGCCAUGGUUUCGGCUGCUCUGUUACUGCUUGUCAUUUACGGUCCAGGACAAGGCAUUAACAAUGGUCACGUGGGCAGAGAAGGCAGUUGAAUCGCUAUUUGAUGCAGAAGUUGCAUUAAAUGAUAUCAUGUUACUGGAUCAAAACAUGACUGAUGCAAAUAGACAAUUGACACAGCUGGAGACUGAUUUUGCUAAUAAACAGAGAUCUGUGAAUGAAGAUACAUCCAUGGCAGCGAAGAUUGCAGGCACUGUAGGUGCGGCAACUAUGAAUGCAGAAAAUGCAAAGGAUUCAGCGACUGAAACAAUGAAAUUGAUCAAUGAUUUGCUGCAAUCUAUGGGUAACCCAGCCACGAUUGACACUACCAAGUUAGAACAUGUGGAGAAUUCACUUCAGAUCUUCAAAAAUCAAUGGAUUAAUGAACUAGAAUCAAGUUUUCAACAACUGACUGAUGCCGCUGCUGGGCAGAAGCAAAAAAUUGCAGCUUUUGACCGCGACAUCGUUGACAUCCGUGGAGAUAUUAGAAAUCUUGAGCUCAUCAGAGACACUUUACCCACAGGAUGCUACAACACUGCAGCAGUUGAAAGGCCUUAAUUGCAUGGUAUUCCCUUUCAUAAGUUGCAUUGCUAACAUUAAAUUAUGAAAAUUUACAGAAAAAUCUCACAUUUCAUACAAUACCACAACCAUCCAGAAAAACGGACAAAAUCCAAACAAAGCAACAACAUCUGCAAUUUUAUUAAAUUACAUCUGGGUUUAAUAUUAUAAUUAUUGCAAUACUUAGUCCUUGUCGUACUGUUAAGGGCCUGUUCCACUGAGGCGACCUAAUUGGCGAGUUUAGCAGAGUUUGAAAAGGUGUCAUGUUGAAGACCUCCUUCGACUAUGUUGAAGACCAGCUUUGACUAGCUUCGGGAAAAUUGGACACCGAAUAGUGGAGAGUGAAGGCGACCUCAUUCGAUUUCCUUCGACCUUCCAUCGACUAUGUUGCAGACUAUCUACAACUACCUUUGACUACCUUCGAUUACCAUUGACUACCCUUGAUUACCUACGAAUAACAUGCCGACCUACCACGACCUACCUCGACUAAACCUACGAGUAAAAAAAAAAAUUGAAUUUUUUCCAUGGCGACCUUAUUUUACUCAGGCAUUUUUCAGCAUGUUGAAAAAUACGCCGCGACCUAGCUGAGGCCUCGAGAACGCAGGGACUACUCUCUAGGAUUAGAUUAGAUUAGAUCCUUUAUUUGUCAUUCAGACCUUUCGAUCUGAACGAAAUUUUGUUGCCUGCAGUCAUACAUAUAAUAAUAAACAACAAAACACACAAUAAACACAAAUUAACAUCCACCACAGUGAGUUCACCAGGCACCUCCUCACUGUGAUGUCUCUUCCCCUCCUUAUUCUCCGAGCAUGAAGGAGAGUUACAAAGAUCUCCUAGGACCUCGUGUUGA